AUGUCCUCCCCCUUCACCAGCAAAGUCUCCAAGCUGAACCUCAGCCCCGACUCCCGCAAGGGCACCCCGCCCAAGCUCCGCCACCAGAAGUCCGGCACCACCGAGAAGACCGAAGAGGAAGAUCCCAGCGUGCCCUCCACCCCCACCCCGAAGGGCAAGUCGGCUCCCCGCCAACAGUCCGAGCAGCGCGACUCCCCCGUCCCCAAGCCCAAGGAGGGUAGCGGACGGGCUCAGUCGCAGGCUUCGGCCUCCGCGUCGGGCUCCCGCGCGCAGAGCCGCGUAGGAAGAAGCGAGAGGCAGGAGCAGCCCACUCCCAGUGUCAACGGCGGUCCCACCGAAUCCCACCCCGAGCAUCUCGAUCUCUCCGUCUUGAAGGGCUUGGAGGUCGGUGAGGAUGGUUUGAUCCAUGAUCAGGAUGGUAAUGCCAUUGGCCGCUUGGUCGAGGGUAAGUCCGAGGAUCUGGUCGGAUAUACUGUCGGUGACAAUGGCGAGAUCCUCGAUGAGGAUGGCGAUUUGAUUGGUAUUGUCGAUGUUUUGGCCGAGGCGUUCCAGAACAAGGAUGCUGAUGGUGCUGCCGAUACCGUUGGCCAGGCUGCCGACACUGCUACUGCCGCUGUGAACAAUGUCGCGGACCUGGCUGGUAAGGCUGUUUCGGAGUCUGGGGAGCUCAAGGAUGAUGCUGGCCAGACCAUCGGUAAGCUCGUCGAGGGCCAGCCGGAGGAACUGGCUGGUAAGGUUCCCAACGAGCAGGGAGAAAUUCUCGGCGAUGACGGCGACGUUCUUGGUCGCGUCGACGUCGCUUCCCAGGCUCGCGAGGCCGCGGGAAGCGCCGCCGGGUCCAGCAAGAAGGCACCCACUGAAGCAACCGAGCAGAGAGGCAGUGUCGCCCCUACAGAUGCUUCCAAGGCUUCCGGCUCCGCCGCCGGUAGUGCCGCGGACAAGUCCAGGGCUGCCUCUGGAACUCAGCCCGAGGAAGACCAGAGCACUUCCGAGGCUCCCGGCUCACAGGUGGCUGGCACCGAGGCCGAAGAGGCCGAAGAGGCCAGGGAGGCCCCCGAGGAUGCCGCUGAAGCUGCAACCGAAGGGGUGCCCGAGAGUGCUCCCGAGGGCACCGCAGAAGAAAAGUCCGAGGCCGCUCAGGAGGACGCCCCCGAAGAAGUCACCGAAGAGGCUGCGGAGGAGGGUAAGGAGGAGAAGCAGCUUCCUCCUCUAUCUUCCUUGGAAGGCCUGCGAUGCAACAAGCUGGGCAAGAUCAUCAACCCAGCCACCGGCAAGCCCGUCGGUGAGUUGAUCGAGGGCGAUGCGAAGAAGCUUGCUUCUCUCGGCGCUCAACUUGACGACAAGGGUCAGUUCUGGGACAACCGCGGCAACGUCAUCGGCAAAGCCCAGACUCUCGCCCCUGAGGAGUACCCCGAUGAGCCACCUUUCGCCGGUCUGGAAGGCCUGCACGUCGUCGAGGACGGCUGGGUCGAGGACCAGAACGGUAAGCGUGUUGGCAAGAUCGUCGAUGGCGACGCCAAGAAGGUCCUGGGUCGCCCCGUUGAUGAGGACGGCGAUGUGACCGACAAGCACGGCAACGUUAUUGCCAAGGCGGAGUACUACGAAACUCCUGACGAGGAGCCCGAGCCCGAGCCCGAGGCGAUCGACCUCUCCAGCUUGGAGGGUCUCACCCCCAACAAGCUCGGGUACGUCAUCGGCCCCAAGGGCGUUCCCAUCGGUCGUGUUGUUGAGGGCAACCCGAAGGAGCUGGCUGGUAAGGAAAUCCACGACGGCCAGAUCUAUGAUGGCCCCAAGCCUAUCGGACGUGUCGAGCUCAUCCCCGAGAAUGAGCGCGAGAAGAAGCCCGAGGGACCGUUUGCCGGUCUCGAGGGUCUCGUGGUCAACAAGGAUGGCUUUGUCGAAGACGACGAGGGCAACAUUGUUGGCAAGGUCAUCGAGGGUGACGCGAAGAAGCUCCGUGGACGCGCUGUGGAUGAGGAUGGAGACAUCAUCGACAAGUUCGGUAGUGUCAAGGGCCGCGCCGAGCCCUACGAGGUGCCCGAGGAAGAGAAGCCUGAGGAGGUGGAUCUUUCUAUUCUCGAAGGCAAGACCGUCAACAAGGCCGGCAUGGUGGUUGACGGGCAGGGCAAUGUCUUCGGACGUGUUGUCUCUGGCGGAAAGGGACUGACCGGCCGCAAGGUUGAUAAGAAGGGUCAAAUCUGGGGUGACGAUGGUAAGGUCAUCGGUCAGGCCGAACUUGUCCCUGGCGCUGAGGAGCAGAAGCCCGAGGGUCCGUUCUUUGGCUUUGACAAUGCUGUGGUUGGAAAGGACGGUGUGGUCACCGAUGGCACCGACCGCAUCAUCGGCCGUGUUAUCGAAGGUGAUGCCAAGCGCCUGCAAGGGCGCAAGGUCGACGAGGAUGGAGAGAUUCUCGACAAGAACGGCAACUCCAUUGGCAAGGCCGAGCGCUGGGAGCCGGAGGAGAAGAAGCGCAACAUCAACCCCAUGGCUGGCCGCAAGGUCAACAAGGAGGGUGAGGUGCGCGAUGCUGACGGCAACCUCAUCGGCAAGCUGACCUCGGGUGAUCUGCCCUCGCUGAUUGGCAAAGAGAUCGAUGACAAUGGCUAUGUUGUGGACAACGAUGGCAACAAGAUUGGAGAAUGCACCUUGAUUGAAAACAUUCCUGAGCCUGAGCCUGAGCCUGAGGAGCCCCAGGAGGAGGUGCAGGAAGAAGAGCCCGGUCCAUCCCCUGAGGAGCUGGAGGCUCAGAAGAAAGAGCAAGAGGACCGACAGCUGGCGAAGAAGAUGAGCGCCAUUGUCGGAUCCACCUUGGACCGUCUUCGUCCUAUCUGCAAGAUGAUCUCUGAGCACGUUGACAAGGCAGACCGCACCCCGAAGGAGGAGCUAGACGAGGAGCAGCUGGUUAAGGAUGUCAAGCCCCUCCUCGAAGAAGGUGGCCAGAUCCUGCAAGAGUGCAACGGCGCCAUUCGGGCCCUCGACCCCGAUGGCCACGUCGCCGCCACUGCCAAAGCACGCGCUGCUUCCCACGAGGCGUCUCCGGAAGAGUAUGCGCUGGCCGACCAGCUCAAGGAGCUCACCGACACGGUGCUGCGCACUAUCGACAACGGCAAGAAGCGCAUUGCUGGCAUGCCUCACGCGAAGAAGGAACUCAACCCUCUCUGGGGCCUGCUCAGCGAGCCUCUCUUCCAGAUCAUCGCGGCCGUCGGUCUGCUGCUGAGCGGUGUGCUCGGCCUUGUCGGUCGUUUGCUCGAGGGACUGGGGUUGGGUCCCUUGGUGAAGGGUCUGCUCGGUGGAUUGGGACUUGACAAGUUGCUCAGCAACCUGGGGCUAACCUCCCUGACAGACGCCCUGGGUCUGACUGGCCGCAAGAAGAAAUAAGGGUUGGGCGCC